GCGUUCAGUCAGGCCUACUCCCCACAUAGGAAGGUGUUCAGUCCUGGUACUAAUGUAUGUGUCUCCCCUCCUCUCCCCAGGCGUUUGGCCAAGCCUACUCCACCCAUAGGAAGGUGGCUGCAGAUGGGGAGAGCAGGGAGGAGUCACUGAUGCUGGAGUCAGCCAGUAAGGAGGCCCACUACCAGCAGAUGGUCCUGGAGCUGCAAAACGAGCUGCGGUUGGCCAGGACUGCCCUCACCAGCAACCAAUCAGAGAACGAGCGCCUGGCCUCUGUUGCCUUGGAGAUGAGAGAGGUGAGCUGGAGGGUGGAGGACCUGCCCAAAACACAAACAUGGUCAAUGUGGAGAGGUCAAACUUCAAUGUGCAAAGACUCGUGUAUCUCACCAAUCUGACGAAGAGGACCAAACCUCUCAGUCAGUAAUGAUGAAGUAGAACAGGGACAGUGGGACAGAGAGAGCGAGUCAGCGCUAAUGGGAUAGUGGGACAGAGAGAGAGCGAGUCAGAGCUAAUGGGAUAGUGAGAGAGAGAGCGAGUCAGAGUUAAUGGGAUAGUGAGAGAGAGAGCGAGUCAGAGUUAAUGGGAUAGAGAGAGAGAGAGAGUCAGAGUUAAUGGGAUAGUGAGACAGAGAGAGAGCGAGUCAGCAAAUGGGAUAGUGGGACAGAGAGAGAGCCAGUCAGAGUUAAUGGGAUAGUGGGACUGGGAGAGGUUUAAACUGGUAAGGAGUCUGUAAGGGGGGUUGAUUGGUCAGCUGGCACCAGUCACACUGAUGAUGUAAUAGUCCUCAGUGAGUGACACAAAUGAUGUCCUCCACUAGUAGGCACUCUCACUCUAUGGCCUGGGUUGGUAACUGGAUCUUGUUCCUCCCUGAUUAAAGUUGCCAAGCUGCCAAGAUCUCAUCCCAACACAGUUCCACAUAAGAUGCUGCUUUGACAUUACUGUACAACCAUUUGGUGCAUUCUGGAUCAAAUCCACACGUCCUUGUAUUCCACUCUCUGACAUGACGUUUUCCUAUUUCACUUCUUCUCUUGUCCUUUUCUUCCACUUUCUCCCCCCUCUCGGCUCCUCGUCUGUUGAAAGUGCCAUUUCCAUUCAAGACAAACUUGCUCAUGAACAAACUUGCUUGACGAUAUGCACACUUCCUGAAAUUGUAGCAGCCUACUCUCUGAUAUUUUGUCUUCCUCUGUUGUGAUGUGUAGAGUUCUGAGCUGGUGGAGCUGCAGCGCACCCAACUGCGUGAUGACAUCAGAGAGUAUAAGGUGCGAGAGGCACGUCUGCUGCAGGACUACAGUGAGCUGGAGGACGAGAACAUCUCCCUGCAGAAACAGGUGUCCCUGCUCCGACAGAGCCAGGUGAGAGGAGGGGGAACGACCAGGGCUGGGGCUGGAGAGGGGAAGGGGGAGGGAGGGGGAGGAUGGUCCACUGGGGCAGGAGAGGGGAAGGGGGAGGGAGGGGGAGGAUGGUCCACUGGGGCAGGAGAGGGGAAGGGGGAGGGAGGGGGAGGAUGGUCCACUGGGGCAGGAGAGGGGAAGGGGGAGGGAGGGGGAGGAUGGUCCACUGGGGCUGGAGAAGAAAUGGGCACUGUUGGGUAUGGCGAUGAGGGGAGGAUGAGUGCUUAUUAUGGGUAAUGGGUAGAGGUAAAGGUUGUAGAGUGGCCAAUACACUUUGGGUGGAAAAGUGACAGGACUCUAUAUUCGAAAGCCAGGGCCAACGAAUUAAGCCGUUGAUACAAGAACCAACUGAAGGGGAUGAGACAAAACAAUGCUUUUGUAAUGAGGAGUGUAAGGGAUUCUCCCUAUUUAGUUAGUGAUUCCUCUGAUGUGCUGUGGACUCUCUCUUAGGUGGAGUUUGAGGGUCUGAAGCAUGAGAUCUGUCGUCUGGAGGAGGACUCCCAGUGCCUCCACAGCCAGUUGGAGGAGGCCAUGCGCCUGCGGGAGAUCGCUGAGCGCCAGCUGACCGAGGCUCUGGAGACCAUUAAGACUGAGCGCGAGCAGAAGGCCGCCCUGCGUAAAGAACUGUCCCACUACAUGACCAUCGGGGACAACCUGUUACCGUACCACCACAGCCCACUGCACAUCUCCCUGGACGGCCUCAAGUUCAGCGAGGAUCCCACUGCUGCCACCAACGAACCCAACAAUGAUGACUCGUUCCGUGGCUAUGAGAACGGCCUGGCUAAGAUGACUGCCGACUGCAACGAUGAUAACAGAGCCAUGGUCCGGCCCGCCCCCAGCCUAGUGGAUGACCUGCUGAGUGAACUCAACAUCUCAGAGAUCCAAAAACUCAAGCAGCAGCUCAUGCAGGUAUGGAGAACUCUGUUUACAGAUGACACAUUUCAGAUGACAACAUAGUAGCAGCAGGCAAGGACUUUAAAACUGGUUAGCCUGUUUGCUUUAUUCACAGUCAACUGUCAAGGUGUCAACUUCCUCGGUAAAUAAAUAAAGUAAUUCUUAGCAUUAUCGAGCUUAUCAAGCUUUGUGUGUGUUGCCUGAAAAAUAGAUAGGCUUACAUCCCUCCAGCUGUGAACAGUCCUUUGUCUUAUGGUUGGAAAGUCCAUUAAGCUUUGUGGAACACAGUGGUCAUCCAAUUUAGGGACAUUGAUUAGUUAUACUGACCUUAGCGGCCUAGUCAAAGACACAUCAAUGGGCUACAUGGACUGAUUAGGAUACUUCUCUUAUACACGUGCUGUUGACUUCCUGGUGAAUAAAUACAGUGUGAAAUUCUUGAGUGACAGUGUCGCACACUACAGUGUGAAAAUCUAAAUUCAUAUAGCAUUUUGGGUUACACUUCAUUCUAGAGCCAGCUAUUUAUCUGGUAUUUAUAUAGAAAUUGUAUAGUAAAAUGGUAAAUACACAGUAAUUGCCUAAUCAUUUCUCAAUCAAUACUAAUAAACACAAAGCUGAAAUAGGACUGUAACAUAAAGUGUUACAGAUAUUUCUCAGUGCUGUUGUUUGACUGUGUCCCAUGUCUGUGUUCUCCAGGUUGAGCGGGAGAAGGUAGCGCUCCUCUCCUCUCUGCAGGAGGCCCAGAAGCAGCUGGAGGUGGCCCAUGGGACUCUGUCUGAGCAGCAGGAGAUGGUAGGACGCCUCACCGAGAAUCUCAGCGCCAUGAGGAAACUCCAGGCCAGCAAGGAGCGCCACUCGGCCCUGGACAGCGAGAAGGAGCGUGACAGCCGUGACGAUGGCGACGGGGACUACUACGAGCUGGACAUCAACGGGCCUGAGAUCCUGCAGUGUAAGUACACCGUGGCUGUGUCCGAGGCCGGGGAGCUCAGACAGGAGCUGAAGACUCUUAAAGCAGAGUACCAGUCGUGCCGAAGCCAGUACGAGGAGGAGCGAGCCCGCCUGGAGAGCGAUGUGGCGGGGCUGAGCGAGAAGCUGGCUUCCCUGGAGAAGAGCAGCCGGGUGGAGCGUGAGGAGAUCGAGCACCUAGAGAAGGAGCUGCGGCGGGUGAGCGAGGCGGCGGGCGAGUCGCAGGGCAGUCUGAACGUGGCGCAGGACGAACUGGUGGUGUUCAGUGAGGAGCUGGCCAACCUCUAUAACCACGUGUGCAUGUGCAACAAUGAAACCCCCAACCGGGUCAUGCUCGACUACUACAAGGAGGGCAAGGCCAGUGUAGGGGGUGGGGGCAGCCGGGAGGGGAAGGGGCGACGUCUGUCCCAUGUACUACUCUCCAACGGGCUGGUCCCUGAAACUGACCCCGGUAAACUUGAAGCCAGUGACCCAGCAGUCCCAGCCCCAGUCCCAGCCCCAGAGUCCCGUCCAGAGCCUAUGAACAUCUAUAACCUGGUGGCCAUCAUCAGGGACCAGAUCCGUCACCUGCAGCAGGCGGUGGACCGCACCACAGAGCUGUCCCGUCAGAGGAUGGCCUCCAUGGAGCUGGGCACCGUGGCUGAUAAGGACAGCGAGGCCUGCAUGGGGGAGAUCCUCAAACUCAAGUCCCUCCUCAGCACCAAGAGGGAGCAGAUCGCCACCCUGAGGACCGUACUCAAAGCCAACAAACAGGUGAGCAGGAGUGUGUGAGUGUGUGCAUCCGUGGGUGUGUGUUGGUGUGUGCAUGAGCAGUUGAUACUGUUUAAAAGUGAAGGUGAUGCUGUAUGAAGUUCACGGUAGUUGAGAGUAUUUACUUUUUGUGUAGGAGUUCAGACAGAGUUAAUAUUAGCAAAAGGUCAAGAUAACCCUGUGACCUGUGACCCCAGCCCUCCAUUCUAAUAAAAUUGAAAAUAAAGUAUUUAUUCUAUUCUACUCUACUCUACUCUACUCUACUCUACUCUACUCUAUUCUGUAGACGGCUGAGGUGGCGCUGGCCAACCUGAAGAGUAAAUACGACAACGAGAAGACCAUGGUGAGGGAUACCAUGUUGAAACUCCGCAACGAGCUGAAGGCUCUGAAAGAAGACGCUGCCACCUUCUCCUCACUACGGGCCAUGUUCGCUACAAGGUAAGGCUUAGUCGAGCAGUUAUCAGUAGGCCUAACCAGUCUGCUCUUAAUACACCAAGAAAUUAGGCACUUUUGGCACCUUAACUCUUAGAAAAAAAGGUGCCAUCUAGAACCUAAAGGGGUUCUUCAGCUGUCCCCAUAAGAGAAUCCUUUAAAUAACCCUUUUUGGUUCUAGGUAGGAAGGACCCUUUUGAGUUCCAUAUAGAACCCUUUACACAGAGGGUUCCACAUGAAACCCAAAAGAGUUAUCCUAUGGGGACAGCCGAAGAACCCUUUUUGAACCCAUUUUUCUAAGAGGGUAAAUGUUGUCCAUACUCAUUAUAUCCAAACAAGGGGUAGGUCUACAAAGGUGUAUUGGAAUUCAGUACAUAGAAAUCGUUUUAAUAUGAAUUGUUCAUGUUAUACCAAGGUUAAAAUCAUUAAAACACUAAUUAAACCUUAUAUUAUAUUUUUAUAUAUCUAUUAUAGUGGGCUGUUUUUCCAUAUGAUCAAUUUCCUGCCUCUUGAACUAUUUAGAAAACGUAAGGGAAUAAGAACAGAACAGAUUGGUCCUUUUAGCUAGAUGUGAGAGCCGCACCAGUGAGCUUUUAGGUUGUGGAGGAGCUGUUUUUCUGCCAGAGGCUGCAUAUGUGUGUGUAGGAGAAACAGGGCAUUGUGGGAGUUUUCUGAUGUAAUACUGAAGUGAUUCAGAGUCCGCUGGCAGGCUCCUCCUGACAGCAUCUGGAAAAUGCAGCUCUGUGAGUCUAAAUGGAGAAAACAUGACUGGCAGCAUCUGGAAAAUAAGAUUUGUGCCAUCUGGUGGAGAAAGUUAUACAUUGAUAUUUUGUGUUAUUGAGUAUGUUUACAUGCACACUAAUAAUUUUAUAUUAAACUGAUUAUGGCAGUAGGCAGAUUAUGCAAUAGUCAUGUAAACACCUUACUCUGCUUAUCUUAAUCGGCAUAAGGUCGAUUAAAAUACUUGGUUUUCUGAGCAAUCUUUCGAAUUAUUAGGACAUGUGAAUGCCUUAAUCGUUCAAGCGGUGUAGUUGAUCUGCGCAUGUGCUAGCACCAGCCGAGCAAGCCUCCCUCUUUAGCGCAAGUGAAGUGUGUUCGAAACAACUGAAUGUAUGCGACUUAGAAGUAGUUUUCACAUACAAACUUUAUAUGUCCGAACUCGGAAUCAAAUAUGAUUCCCAAAAUAAUGUUAGCUGUGGUAGAACGUUUAUUUUAAUUGCCGAUUUUCUGUGUUUAUCAGUGUGCCAUCAGGUAGCCUGAUUUCAGAUGUGUUCAUGUAAACAGGAUUAAUAGGAAAAAUCAUUUUUUCUUGCAAAGCAUGUAAACGGUUUAAUCUAACUAUUAUAUUAAUCUGACUAUCCACAAUAAUCACAUUAUUGUGUGCAUCUAACCACACUCAAUGUUGGACUCAUAAUGCUACUCUCUCUUUUAUCUCUUUCUUUCUCCCUCCUUUCUCUCUCUCCCCCCUCUCUCCAUCUUCCCCCUCUCUCUCUCUCUCUCCCUCUGUCCCCCCUCCCUGUCUCUUCCCUUCCCCCUCUCUCUCCCCCCUCUCUCUCCGUCUCUCAGGUGUGAUGAGUACGUAACUCAGCUGGAUGAGAUGCAGAGACAGCUGGUUGCGGCGGAGGACGAGAAGAAGACCCUGAACUCCCUGCUCCGCAUGGCCAUCCAGCAGAAGCUGGCCUUGACCCAACGUCUGGAGGACCUGGAGUUCGAUCAUGAGCAGGCGCGCCGUGGCGGGGUUACAAGAGUAGUGACGGGCAGUCGGAGCAAGUCCUCCUCGUCGGCGCGGGGCAAAGGGGCCUCGGCCAAUCAUCACGUAAGUCAGAGAUGCUCCUGCAGGGUCCUCCCCGAGCCCCACGGCAUCCUGGGAGGCCCUGUGGUCCUCUGCAAUGAGGAGUACAAGAUCUACUGUGACCUUUGAACUCUAUAACCUCCAUCAUAACUUCUAACCUCUCAUCACGCUUUGCACUGCAGCGCUUCACCGCAUGGUUCUGUCAAGGCUGUUGCUGUAACCAUGACAAUGGUGGCUAACAGUGUAGCAUGUAUGUAUUAUUACAUUACUUUAGAGCAGGAGUGUACAUAGCAUAAUCUGUAUGACUAUGUUAUGUCAUGAUUAUGACAGUGUUAUGUAGCUCUUAUGACGAGAGGGUUUGAGUAAAGUGUAAGAGAGUAUAACCGUCAGUCAGACAGGCGGCAGCGCCGGCUGCAGACAGGCAGACAGACUUAUGGCCCUUUCACUGCCAGAGGCUUCUACCCUGCUGCUUCUGUCUGGUCCAACACCAUUCAGGGAUAACUAAAGCAGUGCACUUACAUGUACUGUAGCUGCUAAAUAAAAAUGGAUUGUGAGUUUAGGCACUUUAGUGUUUUGCUUUGAUAUUAUUAUUUAUUAUUAUUAUUAUUAUUAUAUCAUAAAGUGAUAAUGUGUGAUGUGGUUUGUUUUCAUGGCACUUUAUGUAAUGGAGAUUGUCGAACAAGAUUUGUUCUGAAGAGAAAUACGAGGGCAUUGCUCAUUAGGCUUAGUUAAAGUUAGGAAAAAGCAUUUAAACAUGGGUCCGGUUUUGUAUAAAUUAAACCGAGAAAUGGUUAUCAGCGUAGGUUGAUUGUGAAAUGUUUAGUGAGGGUUUUCAGGAUAACGUAACUGAGGACUAUAUACUCUACUCUACUGAGGACUAUAUACUCUACUGAGGACUAUAUACUCUACUCUAAUGAGGACUAUAUACUCUACUUUACUGAGGACUAUAUACUCUAUAUACUCUACUGAGGACUGUAUACUCUACUGAGGACUAUAUACUCUAAUGAGGACUAUAUACUCUACUCUACUGAGGACUAUAUUCUCUAUAUACUGAAGACUGUAUAAUAUACCUCCUGCUGUUCUCUUAUAACCCUAUCACCCAAUCCUCAUCAUCUGCUCUAACCUGUCAUCAGAAAACUCUAUGCUGGUUUAACUAACAUCAUCUCCUAAAUCAUUAUCAAUCCUCUAACCCAGGGUUUCCCAAACUCGAGUUUGGGAAACCCUGCUCUAACCUGCAUGUGAAUACUAUACCUGUGAGUCCUCUGCUUCCUGCAGCCAGCAGGACUGCACUGUGCACCCGCCUCCUAACCCCAUUGACUCCCCACUGCCACUAACAUAGGUCACGGUUUUAUCAAACGAGAUUUAUCAAAUGAAGACUGACCAGAUGAUUAUCAAACCCUCAGAUUUUAAUGUAAUUUUCUUAUCUCUCCAUUUUACAGUAAUUUAAUCAAGCCCAGUGUCCUUCAAAGGUUGACAGUCACCUUGCCGAUGAUUACUUCAGUGUCCCCUCGUGGCCUGAGACCCAUGUCAGAGACAUACACUGCUGUAGUGUGAGGACUUUGUUUCUGUGCGCACACACACACACACACACACACACACCCUUGACCUUUACAGACACGUGAAAUCCCCAGGGGUUUGGUCUCUUGGUGUGGCUGCAGGAAACAACAAAGACUCAUGGGUAUGACGACCAUAGAUAUCUAGGUCUAUUUCUGUGGGUAUGACCAUAGAGAUAUCUAGGUCUAUUUCUGUGGGUAUGAUCAUAGAGAUAUCUAGCUCUAUUUAUGUGGGUAUGAUCAUAGAGAUAUCUAGGUCUAUUUCUGUGGGUAUGAUCAUAGAGAUAUCUAGCUCUAUUUAUGUGGGUAUGACCCCCAUUGUGAUUUAGUCACUCAUCCCACAUUGUCCACCACUAUACUGUUAUUACUCUGUCUGUUUCCCCCGAUGACUGCGCACUUUUAAUGUAUUUUUUAUUUCUCUUUUUUUGCUUGUUGUAAUUCACACCUCAGUGAAUGUGUGAGGCGUUCAUAAGCUUUUUGUUACAUGUUUGAUCAUUGGAGCAUUAAUUAGUCAUUUUAAUAUUUUUGCUUUUGUCAUUAUAUAACUGGCAGAUUCAUAACAGAAUUUCCAUGGAGAGUAAACCUGUGUUGAUUUAUAUUUAUAUGUAGGGAAAGAUCAGAGGCAACAAAGUCAAAGGAACUAACUUGCUCCAGUUUUCUCUGGGGUCAAUAUUCAGUGGGACUCACAAGCUAACAGACGUUCUCUGUAAGCACAUAGAUGAACAUCUUAAAUUGGAAUUAGUAUUUUCUCUCUUGGUUCAAACAUUUUGAUAAUGUGUUUAAAAAAAAGUUUACCAGAGAGAGCAGGAUGUUCCAGCAGGACAUUCAACCAGUGUGUGCCCAGUGCGUACCUUCUGGCCUUAGUAUAGACCAGUAGUUUGUUCUGUCCACAAAAGAGAAGCUUGAUUUAGUUUAGACUAGUAGUGCCUUUCUGUCCACAAAAGAGAAGCUAGAUUUCGUUUUGACUAGUAGUUUGUUCUGUCCACAAAAGAGAAGCUAGGUUUAGAUUUGAAUGUUUUCUAUGUCUUUGAGAAGGAAUUGUUGUGAGAGGUUAUACAGUGAGGGAAAAAAGUAUUUGAUCCCCUGCUGAUUUUGUACGUUUGCCCACUGACAAAGAAAUUAUCAGUCUAUCAUUUUAAUGGGAGGUUUAUUUGAACAGUGAGAGACAGAAUAACAACAACAAAAUCCAGAAAAACGCAUGUAAAAAAUGUUAUAAAUUGAUUUGCAUUUUAAUGAGGGAAAUAAGUAUUUGACCCCCUCUCAAUCAGGAAGAUUUCUGGCUCCCAUGUGUCUUUUAUACAGGUAACAAGCUGAGAUUAGGAGCACACUCUUAAAGGGAGUGCUCCUAAACUCAGCUUGUUACCUGUAUAAAAGACACCUGUCCACAGAAGAAAUCAAUCAAUCAGAUUCCAAACUCUCCACCAUGGCCAAGACCAAAGAGCUCUCCAAGGAUGUCAGGGACAAGAUUGUAGACCUACACAAGGCUGGAAUGGGCUACAAGACCAUCGCCAAGCAGCUUGGUGAGAAGGUGACAACAGUUGGUGUGAUUAUUCGCAAAUGGAAGAAACACAAAAGAACUGUCAAUCUCCCUCGGCCUGGGGCUCCAUGCAAGAUCUCACCUCGUGGAGUUGCAAUGAUCAUGAGAACGGUGAGGAAUCAGCCCAGAACUACAUGGGAGGAUCUUGUCAAUGAUCUCGAAGGGAGCUGGGACCAUAGUCACCAAGAAAACAAUUGGUAACACACUACGCCGUGAAGGACUGAAAUCCUGCAGUGCCCGUAAGGUCCCCCUGCUCAAGAAAGCACAUAUACAGGGCCAUCUAAAGUUUGCCAAUGAACAUCUGAAUGAUUCAGAGGAGAACUGGGUGAAAGUGUUGUGGUCAGAUGAGACCAAAAUCGAGGUCUUUGGCAUCAACUCAACUCGCCGUCUUUGGAGGAGGAGGAAUGCUGCCUAUGACCCCAAGAACAUCAUCCCCGCCGUCAAACAUGAAGGUGGAAACAUUAUGCUUUGGGGGUGUUUUUCUGCUAAGGGGACAGGACAACUUCACUGCAUCAAAGGGAUGAUGGACAGGGCCAUGUACCGUCAAAUCUUGGGUGAGAACCUCCUUCCCUCAGCCAGGGCAUUGAAAAUGGGUCGUGGAUGGGUAUUCCAGCAUGACAAUGACCCAAAACACACGGCCAAGGCAACAAAGGAGUGGCUCAAGAAGAAGCACAUUAAGGUCCUGGAGUGGCCUAGCCAGUCCCCAGACCUUAAUCCCAUAGAAAAUCUGUGGAGGGAGCUGAAGGUUCGAGUUGCCAAACGUCAGCCUCGAAACCUUAAUGACUUGGAGAAGAUCUGCAAAGAGGAGUGGGACAAAAUCCCUCCUGAGAUGUGUGCAAACCUGAUGGCCAACUACAAGAAACGUCUGACCUCUGUGAUUGCCAACAAGGGUUUUGCCACCAAGAUGAACGGAGCAAAGGUCAUGUUUUGCAGAGGGGUCAAAUACUUAUUUCCCUCAUUAAAAUGCAAAUCAAUUUAUAACAUUUUUUACAUGCGUUUUUCUGGAUUUUUUUGUCUCUCACUUUUCAAAUAAACCUACCAUUAAAAUUAUAGACUGAUCAUGUCUUUGUCAGUGGGCAAACGUACAAAAUCAGCAGGGGAUCAAAUACUUUUUUCCCUCACUGUAACCCUAGUCAAUAACAGAUUAAAGAAAAUAAUAGGAACUGUGGUGAAUUCUGUGAAGUGAUUCUGUGAUCCUACAAGCAUGCAGAAUUGCAAAUUCAGGGGCUAUUAUUAUGAUUAUAUUGAUAUAUACGUAAACCUUAUUUUAAAAGUAAUGAUACCACAACUGUUAACUUUGGCUGCCUAGUUAAUAGUGGUUCAGAGCGUUUUCGAUGAUGGCUGAGGGAGAGAUUACUAAUGCAAAUACUUAUUUAUACUCUACCUUUGUAUGGCAAAAGUCAGGCGACUAUGGUGGAGAGUUUAUGUAUUGUCUGUUUUAAUGCAAUUUUAUGAACCCUUUUUACAUCCUCUAAAAGCGUUGUUGUGAUUUCAGCAAACAGAAGUUAAGUCAUCAACACAUCUGCAGUGCCAUUUAAUUAACAGGUUUGUUGACGCAAUACAAGUUACAUUUGAGACUCUCUUUUAUUACAAGUGCAAUUUGAAUGCAGUAUCCGUAUAGAAACACAGUAUAAACAUUCUCUGUCUGUUUGUCUCUGCUGAUGCUAUUGUUACAUUUUACUACUACUUCUUACUCACAAUCUUGAUCCUAUUUGAGUUGUAUAUCUUUGUACUAAAUAACUUCACUUGUUUGUAUUUAUUUUAAACAAUGUCAUGUAUGUUGGUGUUGUCGAUAAUGUGGAUUAUGAUUGAUGGCAUAUUGAUACCAUAUCGAUGCCUUUUUUCAUGUCAUCUUCAAGAGACCUUUGGGUGGAGAUGGUAGGUGAGAUGUGUGCUCAAUAGAAGCCAAUAGCCUACCUGUGUGAUGAUGAUGAUGAUGAUGAUGAUGUUGCACUGCCAAGGUACAUGCAUCAUAGUUACUGUUAUUCUGCCUAAAGGUAUGCCAAAUAAACGUAACUUUAGUCUUAAUUUGGUGUUGGGGUUAUAUUUGAUAUAUAAAUAUAUAUAUAUAUAUACAGUGGGGAAAAAAAGUAUUUAGUCAGCCACCAAUUGUGCAAGUUCUCCCACUUAAAAAGAUGAGAGAGGCCUGUAAUUUUCAUCAUAGGUACACGUCAACUAUGACAGACAAAAUGAGGAAAAAAAAUCCAGAAAAUCACAUUGUAGGAUUUUUAUGAAUUUAUUGGCAUAUGAUGGUGGAAAUAAGUAUUUGGUCAAUAACAAAGUUUCUCAAUACUUUGUUAUAUACCUUGUUGGCAAUGACACAGGUCAAACGUUUUCUGUAAGUCUUCACAAGGUUUUCACACACUGUUGCUGGUAUUUUGGCCCAUUCCUCCAUGCAGAUCUCCUCUAGAGCAGUGAUGUUUUGGGACUGUCGCUGGGCAACACAGACUUUCAACUCCCUCCAAAGAUUUUCUAUGGGGUUGAGAUCUGGAGACUGGCUAGGCCACUCCAGGACCUUGAAAUGCUUCUUACGAAGCCACUCCUUCGUUGCCCGGGCGGUGUGUUUGGGAUCAUUGUCAUGCUGAAAGACCCAGCCACGUUUCAUCUUCAAUGCCCUUGCUGAAUGAAGGAGGUUUUCACUCAAAAUCUCACGAUGCAUGGCCCCAUUCAUUCUUUCCUUUACACGGAUCAGUCGUCCUGGUCCCUUUGCAGAAAAACAGCCCCAAAGCAUGAUGUUUCCAACCCCAUGCUUCACAGUAGGUAUGGUGUUCUUUGGAUGCAACUCAGCAUUCUUUGUCCUCCAGACAUGACGAGUUGAGUUUUUACCAAAAAGUUAUAUUUUGGUUUCAUCUGACCAUAUGACAUUCUCCCAAUCCUCUUCUGGAUCAUCCAAAUGCACUUCAGACGGGCCUGGACAUGUACUGGCUUAAGCAGGGGGACACGUCUCGCACUGCAGGAUUUGAGUCCCUGGCGGCGUAGUGUGUUACUGAUGGUAGGCUUUGUUACUUUGGUCCCAGCUCUCUGCAGGUCAUUCACUAGGUCCCCCCGUGUGGUUCUGGGAUUUUUGCUCACCGUUCUUGUGAUCAUUUUGACCCCACGGGGUGAGAUCUUGCGUGGAGCCCCAGAUCGAGGGAGAUUAUCAGUGGUCUUGUAUGUCUUCCAUUUCCUAAUAAUUGCUCCCACAGUUGAUUUCUUCAAACCAAGCUGCUUACCUAUUGCAGAUUCAGUCUUCCCAGCCUGGUGCAGGUCUACAAUUUUGUUUUUGGUGUCCUUUGACAGCUCUUUGGUCUUGGCCAUUGUGGAGUUUGGAGUGUGACUGUUUGAGGUUGUGGACAGGUGUCUUUUAUACUGAUAACAAGUUCAAACAGGUGCCAUUAAUACAGGUAACGAGUGGAGGACAGAGGAGCCUCUUAAAGAAGAAGUUACAGGUCUGUGAGAGCCAGAAAUCUUGCUUGUUUGUAGGUGACCAAAUACUUAUUUUCCACCAUAAUUUGCAAAUGAAUUCAUUAAAAAUCCUACAAUGGGAUUUUCUGGAAUUUUUUUUCUCAAUUUGUCUGUCAUAGUUGACGUGUACCUAUGAUGAAAAUUACAGGCCUCUCUCAUCUUUUUAAGUGGGAGAACUUGCACAAUUGGUGGCUGACUAAAUACUUUUUUUCCCCACUGUAUAUAUACAGUGCAUUCAGAAAGUAUUAUUCUAAAAUUUAUAAAAUUGUUUUUUUCCCCCUCAUCAAUCUACACACAAUACCCCAUAAUGACAGCAAAAACAGGUUUGUAGAUUUUUUUGCUAAUUUAUUAAAAAUAAAAAAAACUGAAAUAUUACAUUUACAUAAGUAUUCAGACCCUUUACUCAGUACUUUGUUGAAGCACCUUUGGCAGCGAUUACAGCCUCGCGUCUUCUUGGGUAUGACGCUACAAGCUUGGCACUCCUGUAUCUGGGGAGUUUCUCCCAUUCUUCUCUGCAGAUCCUCUCAAGCUCUGUCAGGUUGGAUGGGGAGCGUUGCUGCACAGCUAUUUUCAGGUCUCUCCAGCAAUGUUCGAUCAGGUUUAAGUCCGGGCUCUGGCUGGGCCACUCAAGGACAUUCAGAGACUUGUCCCGAAGCCACUCCUGCAUUGUCUUGGAUGUAUGCUUAGGGUCGUUGUCCUGUUGGAAGGUGAACCUUCGCCCUAGUCUGAGGUCCUGAGAGCUCUGGAGCAGGUUUUCAUCAAGGAUCUCUCUGUACUUUGCUCCGUUCAUCUUUGCCUUGAUCCUGACUAGUCUCCCAGUCCCUGCCGCUGAAAAACAUCCCCACAGCAUGAUUCUGCCACCACCAUGCUUCACCGUAGGGAUGGUGCCAGGUUUCCUCCAGACGUGACGCUUGGCAUUCAGGCCAAAGAGUUCAAUCUUGGUUUCAUCAGACCAGAUAAUCUUGUUUCUCAUGGUCUGAGAGUCUUUAGGUGCCUUUUGGCAAACUCCAAGCGGGCUGUCAUGUGCCUUUUACUGAGGAGUGGCUUCCGUCUGGCCACACUACCAUAAAGGCCUGAUUGGUGGAGUGCUGCAGAGAUGGUUGUCCUUCUGGAAGGUUCUCCCAUCUCCACCGAGGAACUCUAGAGCUCUGUCAGAGUGACCAUCGGGUUCUUGGUCACCUUCCUGACCAAGGCCCUUCUCAGAGUGAUGGAGGCCACUGUGUUCUUGGGGACCUUCAAUGCUGCAGACAUUUUUGGUACCCUUCCCCAGAUCUGUGCCUCGACACAAUCCUGUCUCGGAGCUCUACGGACAAUUCCUUCGACCUCAUGGCUUGGUUUUUGCUCUGACAUGCAAUAUCAACACUAUCACUCAUCAUUAUUCACAAUUUAUUCAGGAUUAUCCGUAAUCAUGGUAUCAUCCACAUUAAUGUAGAAGUGUUUAGAAACAUAUUUUAUUCUUAUUUACAAUAAAAGUGACGCCAAAAUUACUCUACAUUAUUUUCCAUUCAUUUCUAUUGGUCACAAAAUGAUCUGAAACACAACCAAAACAAACAGCAAAUGCAUCCAACAGAGUCGCAAGCUUGAUGUAGUCAUUGUGUGCUAUGAAUAUGGGACCAAAUACUUAACUUUUUACUACUUUAAUACACACAUAAGUGAAUUUGUCCCAAUACUUUGGGUCCCCUUAAAGGGGGGGACUAUGUACAGAAAGUGCUGUAAUUUCUAAAUGGUUCACCUGAUAUGGGUGAAAAUUCCCUUAAAUUAAAGCACUUUAAAGCACUUUAACCUCAUAGUCAUUGUAUAUUUUCAAAUCCAAAGUGCUGGAGUAGAGAGCCAAAACAACAACAAAUAAUGUGUGUGUGUGUGUGUGUAUUUAUUGAUCUACAUUAUUUUCACUAUCUAACCCUAUUCCUGCUUCAGUCAUUCAAUGUGUCCCUCUAAAAUGGUCUGUGUAUUCAUUUAGGAAUUAGUCAAUAAAAAUAUAGCCAUAAUAGCAUAAUCCUAAAAUGUGUGAAAUUGAGCCUUACUGUAAAUCAACCGAGAUCAAAUGAUAACACAUUUUCACAGCAUUUACAUAGCCCUCAUUAUGGAUGUUAAUUCAAUUCAAUUUUCACUGAAAUAACCGAAAAUUAGGCUACUUUAUAUUCAAUGUAUCCCUGUGGCUAAAAUAAGAUAAAUUUAGUCAUGGAUACAUUGUAUCGGGCAUUUCCGGGGAAAGUUAUAGUCACGCCCUGCAGUGAUGUCGGGUUGAUGUGUUAUCACUAGUUACCACAGCCACAAAAUCAAAAAAGGCUAUGUCGGCUCUCGUAAAAUGUAUGAAAACAAAAAUUCGCCCUCAUUUAAGGUUAGGUUUGGACAUAAUGUUAGCAGUGUGGUUAAGUUUAGGGUUAAGGUUAUGUUAGAAAUCAGAUUUUAAGAAGAUAAUUUGUAGAAAUAGGCGGGUUUAGCCAUAAUUAUGACUUUGUGGCUGUGGUAACCGGGUUGAUGAUCUCGAGGGAGGGUCCAAACAAAGAACAGAAGGGACUCCACAAUGGGAGGUUUGUUGGCGACUUCUUAUAAUAUAGUACUACUGUAAUUUCUGUUUUCAUGCCAUGGAUAUGUUUUUUUUAAAAUAAUGCACACUUACCCACAUGAUAUUGCGCAUGAACAUAAAGUAGGGCGGGAGAGCAUGGUUGUCAACAAGUGGACAGCUUCUUUGAACGGCAAUGGCAUGGCACUUCCAACUUCUAAUGUUUGCUAUCGUGCUAACACUUGGUAGCCUAACCUUUUGCAAAGUGUAGUGUUCCCGGCAGCUACGUCUAUUUUUACCAACAUUGUUUCCGAUGUAGGCUACACCUCGCGCCUGCCUUUGACCUAAUGUAACAUGAUAUCACAAGUUGCUGUACCCUACCCGUUUCCACAUUCUAACACAUCCAUAUAAACCAAUGACACUGACGGCUAUAGAGGUUUUGGUGAGAUACUGUACACACAGACUGAGCUGAAUUCAACACAUUUUCUGAAGAGGCAAGUAUAGGCUACCGAAGAAAAUCAUGUGCCAGUGAGCAGCCAGCGAAGCAUAGGGCAUUUACGUUUCACCCUAGAGUCACUACGUGUACUUGUCUGGACAUGGCUUGUCCUAAAAUAGCAAAGCAAUGUCGGCCUGUCAUAGCCUACCUAUUCUGUCAAAAAGUUCAAAUUCUGACAAAUUAAAUUAGAUUUAAAUUCUGUUGUAAAUUCCUCUUCAAACUUUGACUCUUGAGCAUAUUUUGAGAUUUCACUGUCCUAGUUUGUUUCUACUGUCCCAUAUCCUCAUUAUUAGCGAGUCAAUCAUUCCUUAUCCUGGCCCUAAUAUGAACUGUGUGUGAUCCUCAAGUUUUCCCAUUUUAUUAUUAUAAUUUUCAUUUCGUGAUUCAUUCCCAUGUGACUGUCAGACAGCUUCCAUGACCAGCUGCUGGAGGACAGUCGGUUCCUCCGGGCAGACCAUCGCCUGGACACAGAACUAGUGGAUAAGCUCAUCCUGCAGCUCAACAGGAUCUACCCACAGAUCCUCACAGACAAGGAGGCCACCAAAGUGAGUUUUGCUCCCAAGUAAAAUAAUUUUGUCCCAGGGUAGUGGUAACUUCCACUGGUAGUAAGUCCUGUCCCACAGAAAUGUAGAGAAUGACUACUUGUUUCAUUGUCAGACUCUAUUGAACAGACCAGCGCUAGACAGACUGUAACACAAUGUUAAAAUUGAGUAAUGGGCUAGCGUGCACAGGAAAUGUGUUUCUGAAUUCCUGGAAUUCUGAAAAUGACAUGAUGGUCCAGUUUAGGGAUCUUGAUGUGCCCACCUGCGUCCGACUGGCCGAGCUCCUGGCUCACCUGCAGGGGAAAGGUGAAGAGGCCUGCCGGGAGUUCUACCGGGCGCUUCACCUGCAUGUGGAAGAGGUGUACUUCAGCCUACCCACGCGUCUUCGCCUCAGAGGUUAGUCUCCGACUGUCAGUCAGUCACUGGAGAUCUGAGAUUUGCUCUCAUUAUUAAUCACAUCAAAAUACCUCAUUGAGUGAGGUUGACAAUAUCGCUGACAUUUUGCAAUCCCUUUCCCAGAUUCUAUAGACCCGUUCACGAUUGCAGCCUCACCCACUCAGCAGAGAUAUGUGCUAAACGACAGAGGUAAGCUGUACACACAGAAAGUGCACACUCUGUCACACAUACAAACACAUGUACUGUAAACACAUAUGCCCUUUACGGUACAAACCUCUCUUUCUCACAUACUGUCUUCUGCUCUCUCUUCUCUCUCCAGGUCAUAUGUUCUUCCUGAGUUGUUUCAGUGUUGCAGUUGGGGUGGCUCUACUGCAUUACUAUGGCGGUGAGUACCAUUUUUCCCCCCUCAAAUUUUCUUUCCCACAGAAAACAGACCAGUAGGAACACCAGAAAUCAUACAUUUUUUACAGCUCGUCUGUACUCCAGUAGACCUAAAAAAAAAGAAAAAAAUCAAGCAUAACAUUGCAUCUUCAUGUUAUGACACAUCAAAUCAAACUUGAUUUAAAGUGCAAUCGCAUCACACUUUACAGUGAAACAAAGAAGGAAGAAGCAGUGAAAGGAAUGAGUAAAAUAACAUAAAACACAAAGGAUGUCUAAAACAAUAAAAUCUCUGAUUUAAAAGCUAAAAAAGAAAAGAAAAGUGAUUUAAGAAACUCUAGUGUCUGACAGGGCAAGCUGUUUCAUUGUUGUGGGGCUUGUGUAGAGAACGCACAAGCAGGAUCAUUUACACCUAUUCACUUUUCAUUAGGUUGAAGUUAUCAGUGCUAUCAUGAUUAUUUGUUGGGGAAUCUAACAAAGUUGAAACGCCCAUGUGUUGUCCUGCAGAGUCCAAAGUAACAGGGGGCAGCAGGGCUCUUGGCAUGGCUGCUCUUGGAUUGGGCCGACGAGCCCGAGAGGUUCUCAUAUGGUACACUGAAGACCCCAUCAGGAAGUAGUGGGUGUGUCUCCAACACCACCAGCACAUCAGAACACACACUCCAAAGGUGCUUCCGGACAUCUACACAAUACACUACACUACACCCUUUUCACACUACCGUGCCAACCUGAACCAAACUGUGCGAGUUACAGCAACUACGGUUGAUGCGUAACCAGGCCAGUUUAGUACAGCUUGGUUGGGCUCUAUUCGAUUCGUCUCAGUAGUGUGAAAAGCCCUUAAGUCAUUAUUUUUUUUUACAACUCUGUAAAUACUAUACAUAUAUAUAUAUAUAUAU